AUGACUGCAUUGCCCUCCCGCACCUAUUUGCUAUCGCAAGGUUUCCAUGAGAAUGCCGUAAGCGCGUACGACGUGUGUCUCCGUUUCGAAGAACAAGUUGCAGGGGACGAUAAAGCGACGAUUUACGCAAGAAUCCUUGGAUACCUCAUUCUUCAUGCUCCCUCCGGCGGAGCGCUUCAACAGGUUGUUAAAGAAAUACACUCCUGUUCCGAAGAUUACAAUAGACUGUCUGCUCUCGGAGAAUGUUUUAUGAAUCAGUUUUUUCGUCCAUUCAAAAAGUACAAAGGCCGAACACCUGCCCCCUCAAGCCAUCCGUCACAACCGUCUUUCGAUAUACUCAAGACAGAUCUAAGAGCAAAAAUCCAAGAGGCCCCUAAAAACCAUGAAGAUGCAAAGCUCAAAGCUCUCAUCCGAGAUGGAUUUCGGUGUAUAGUGACCGGAAAGUAUGAGAUGAAUGCUAUGCUGAACCCAUCUCUAGCGCCUUCCUUGAAGGAGCUCGAGCAAGUAGGUGUAGUGAGAACACAGUGUACACACAUCGUACCGGUGUCCACAUACUUCGGCGUGUCUAGUUCGGAUUCAAACGAGAAGAAAUCCGACUACCUCUGCUUCGGUGUUGGCUGUGCUAAAGCGCUUCGGAUAGAUGUGCAUGACUGGUUCGACUGCCUAAUAAUAUGGCUGGAACCGACGAAUGUCGAAAACCGUUACAAAGUCUCGUCGGUAUCGACCUUCUCCCUUUCUGUGCUCAAGUUACCGGAAGAAGUAACAUUCACGACCCCGGAUGAUAUCAACCUCCCCCUCCCUUCGAGGACGCUACUUGCCCUGCAUGCUGCAUGUGCCAAAGUUGCACAUCUUUCUGGUGCGGGAGAAUAUACUGAGAGAAUUGACCGCGAAGCAGAAUACAUACGUGUUCUAGCCAAUGAUGGAAGUUCGGGGGAGAUGUUGAACAAUGCCCUCUUUAGUCGACUGAACGAGCUAACUAGGGUUGAGGCUUAA